GAUUUCACAAAUCGUUUUGGAACAACAAUACAAGUUCUUUGCAUCGCUCAGUAAAUUCAAGAACCCAGCAAUAAUCAAAAUGUCUCCAUCGCUUGAAGAAGAACUCUCUACUCUUCCUCACGAAAUUCCUGCUACAAAGGAAUCCACAGAACCAAUACCAUCUCCAAGUUCAACUUCUGCCCCCAAGAAACAUGAAGAAUAUCAGUAUCUAGACUUGAUUCGCGAAAUUCUGGAAACUGGUGAACAUCGUCCUGAUCGAACAGGAACCGGCACCAUCUCACUCUUCGCACCCGCACCUUUAAAGUUCUCCCUCACAUCCCCUACGGGUACCCCGAUUCUUCCCCUCCUCACAACAAAACGCGUAUUUCUCCGCGCUGUUCUAACUGAACUCCUCUGGUUCAUAUCUGGUUCCACUUCUUCUCUACCCCUCUCCGCUGCUGGAAUAAAAAUUUGGGAUGGAAAUGGAUCUCGUGCAUACCUAGACUCCAUCGGUCUUUCUCACCGUGCCGAAGGAGACUUGGGCCCCGUCUAUGGAUUUCAAUGGCGACAUUUCGGCGCUAAGUAUAUCGAUGCCGAGACAGAUUACACAGGACAAGGUGUUGAUCAAUUAGCAGAAAUUGUAUGGAAGCUCAAGAAUAAUCCAUGGGAUAGGAGAAUCAUUUUAAGUGCAUGGAAUGUGGCAGAUAUUAAGUUGAUGGCAUUACCACCUUGUCAUAUGUUUGCGCAAUUUUAUGUUUCCUUCCCGAAAAGUUCUACAGCUUCUUCAACUUCCGAACAAAACACAAACCCCUCGAAUCCAGAUUCGAAGCCAAAAGGCAUUCUUCAUUGCCAGCUCUACCAACGAUCCUGUGAUAUGGGACUUGGUGUCCCGUUCAACAUCGCUUCUUACGCUCUUUUAACACAUAUCCUAGCUCAUGCAUGCGAUCUUACACCCGGUACAUUUACACACACAAUGGGAGAUGCACAUGUUUAUGUUGAUCAUGUCGAUGCAUUAAAGGUACAACUUGAGCGAGAACCCAGAGAAUUUCCUGAAUUGGGAAUUUUGAGGGAGGAUCAAGGUAGUGGAGUGGUAGAUGGAUGGAAGCCAGAGGAAUUUGAGGUUAGAGGAUAUAAGCCACAUGGGAAGAUUGAUAUGAAGAUGAGUGUUUAAGGAGUGGGAAUGGAGUUUUGGAAGAGGGAAAUUUCACUUGGGAUAAGGGAGGAGAGGGGGAUAAAUGGAGACUUAACUGUGUAUAGAUAGAUAGGUAUUUAUUGGAUGGACAUGAAUUAUUGAGUUAUGGUAUUCACGGAGCAUGAUCACAAAAAGAAGUUGUUUGGUACUGAUCAUUCAAGCCUAAAGUUAUAGAUAGAUAGUAUGAAUAGUAUAAAUAAAGAACUACUUCCAGACA